AUGCUCCUCGUAGCCCCCAUCAACUUCGGUAUCCAAAUUGGCAUGGACAAGAUGAAGUUGAUAGAAAAGCUAUGGCCCGUCAACGACGUCAAGUUCCCCGAAAAAGAAGCCAGAAAUGGAUUAAAGCAACAUGGAGGCAACUUUGAAAUUCUUGGUCGGUACACGCUGUACUGCGACCUAUGCGAAGACUGGGCAGAUCCUACUUAUGACUGGAUUCAUGGAUUGGGUAGGUUCAAAGCAGCUGUUAAGACAUUUCGCCCAGAGCUGGAGGCCGGAGCGAAUACAUCUUCUUCAACCAAUCGCGAUGCACCUUACCCUGAGGGACACUCGGACAGUCUUAAAAAGUCGAAGUGGUUCACCCGAGCUGCGGAUAUGAAGGAGAGGAGGCAAGAAAGGGACUGCGAGAGUCUAGGCGAUGGUAGAUGCAGCAUCCAUGGAUGA